UUUUUUUUAUCCCUUGCCUUGACUGCCUGGUGAGCAGCCAUGGGCUGGUCCAAGGCUCCGGGGUGGCAGCGGUAAUUGCAGCAAUAAUUUAACGAGGCGGUUUGCGGCCGGGAUGCAGCGCCCAAGGCACGCUUCGUUGCCCGUCCCUCGGGCGGGCGGGCGGGGUGGCUCUGCCCGGCGCUGCGAACACGAGCGGAACCGGAGUCGUUCGAUUCGGUUUGAGGAUGUUGGUGGGUCAGCUGCCGUGAGGGAGAACUGAGGAGAGAUGCAAGGAAAAGGGAUUUUCCGAUGUCGAGGCAGGAAAAGUUGAGACAUGAUCAACCUUUCUUUUUCGCUGCCUUCGAGUUUCGGACAUAUCUUGGCAAGCCAGCCCGCCUUCAUUUUUUGGUUUUGCCCCAUUAAUAAGAACAAAACCAAACCAGAGAGGUGCCUGGCUUUUCCCGGGGAGCCAGCUCACCUUCACCUUUUAUAGAACACGGUUAUGGCUAAGGAACGUGUUCACUCUCGCUCGCAGGUGGUUUCAAUAUUCCCACAGAAGCUACAUCUUCAUACCUGGCGAAAGAAAAAUAGUUCGCCUUCCUGGCUGUUCCCUCAAACCGUCAGAAUUUGGGAAACGCUUUGGAAAAAAUAAUGUGAUAUUCCUGUAACAAAAUCAAAGCAAACUUGCAGUCCUCCGACACGGCAGGCUGCUUAAAACGACAGUGUCUGCUUUAGUUGUACGAAAACUAAAAAUAAAGAAAUAGUUGAUUUUCAGAGUCAGGUCAGGACAAAUGUGAUGUUAGAGCAGAGGAAAAAAAUACGCCAAAGAUACUUUCAUAAAUUUGUCCCUAAAUCAUUGCAGUGAAUAUAGCAUAUGAUUCUGGUGUACUGGAAAAAAAUGGGGAUAGUUCUCUCGUCAAAGGUUUGGGAAAUUAUAAAGUAGUUUUUAAAGUGUUAUUAGUGUGCAAGCAGAUGCAGACACCGGGAUGGAGAACCUGACAAAAAACUACCGUAAGAUUACACUGUCGUCAAAAGAAUAUCAGGUAAUUAAUCGCUGCUAAAGCAGGAUUCAACGUGUCCUGGGCCCAGAAUAUCUGGGAGCUCUCAUAAAUACAUAUAUUGCGUGCAUCAGCACGGACUCCUUCUCUUCCAGACUAUCCCAGGUUCAUUUAUCCGGAAAGGAAACAUAUUUCCUUGAGAAUCGUUUCCAAGAGGACAGACCUGCUUUCAAUAGCCAAAAAUUUCCCCGCGCGUUUCUUUCAAACUUUCGGAAAUCGCGGCGGCAGCAAGCGGGGCGACCUUGGCUGUAUUUUUUUUUUUUUUUUUUUUGAGUGGGGCGGUAGGGGAAAGUGGUUGCUCAAAGUCGAGAGCGCAAUUUAAUGGGAUAUAGGUGUGUGUUGGGGUGUCCUUUUUGGGGCAAACAGCUCGGAAUCGCGGGUCCGGGGCCGCGCAGCUGCCGCUGUGGGCGCGGUGGCCGAGCCCGGCCCCGGCCCUGCGUGGGCGUGUCGGCGGGCGGUGCUGCCCGGCCCCGCGGAUCGCGGAUUGGGCGUGGGGAAGGAGCGAGGGCUGCCGCUGCCAGAGAAAGUUUUGGGGAGGGGUGGAUGUUUUUUUCUUCCCCCAGUGCGAGGAAAGGGGGUUUGGUUUGGGUUUGUUUUGUUUGCGCCGCUCCGCUCCUCGCCCGCUCGUUUUCUUCGUCUGGCCGUGGGUUCUGGGGACUUUUUAAUUUUCGGGGUUAAUUUUUUCUUUUUCUUUUCGUCAUUUUUUGGUGGUUGGCUCUCCGUCCUUGCCCCUCCGGGAAGUGCUCCACCAGCCGCCUCUCGCCCCGCCAUCCCUCCCCAUGCGCCCGGGGCCGCGGGCAGCUCCGCGGCGCGCACCCGGGAGCUGAGCUGCGGAGCGGCGCAUCCCCUCCUCGGGCAGGAUGUACACGGCCGGGCUGGCUCCUUUCUACGCCUCCAACUUCAGCUUGUGGUCAGCGGCGUAUUGCUCUGCUUCGGGGCCGGCGGCUGGCGGCUGCUUCCCGCUGGACGCCGCGGCGGCGAAGAAGCCGUCCUUUUGCAUCGCCGACAUCCUCCACGCCGGCGGCGAGGCGGCGGCAGGAGCCGCCGACAGCCUGUCCGGAGGGCCCGGUACCGGGAUGCCGGCCGCGCUGGGAGCCGUGCACCACGGCGGCCCCUUCCACGCCACGGCCUCUCCGCUCCGGCCCACGCCCGUCGUGGCCCCCGACGCCCCCGCCGCCGCCGCCGCCUUCCCGCCGCGCCUCUCGCCGCUCUCCGCCGCCUACCACUCCCACCACCACCGCCCCCCGCAGCACCGGUCCCCCGCGGCGGCGGCGGCGGGCGGCGGAGGCGCCCCGGCCCCCGCCCGGCUGCCCGGAGGCCACACGCACGGCUCGGCGCCGGCGCCCGCCAGCAAGGACCUGAAAUUCGGCAUCGACCGCAUUUUAUCGGCGGAGUUUGACCCCAAAGUCAAGGAAGGCAACACGCUGAGAGAUCUGACCUCCUUAUUAACUACGAGCCGCCAAUCUGGGGUUCAUCUCCCCAACUUGCAGCCUUCCGCCGGCCAGUUCUUCGCGUCUCUAGACCCCAUUAACGAGGCCUCUGCUAUCCUGGGUCCCUUAAACACAAACCCAAGGAGCUCAGUGCAGCACCAGUUUCAAGACACUUUUCCAGGUCCGUACGCAGUUCUAACCAAGGACACGCUGCCCCAGACGUACAAGAGGAAACGCUCCUGGUCCAGGGCUGUUUUUUCCAACCUGCAGAGGAAAGGUUUAGAAAAACGGUUCGAAAUCCAGAAGUAUGUCACCAAACCGGACAGGAAGCAACUGGCGGCGAUGCUGGGGCUGACAGAUGCUCAAGUGAAGGUGUGGUUCCAGAACCGGAGGAUGAAGUGGCGGCACUCCAAGGAAGCGCAGGCCCAGAAGGACAAGGAGCCGCCGCCGGAGCCGGAGCCGGCGGCCCAGCGAGCCGGAGCACCGCCCGCCGCCCCCGGGGAGCCCGAGCGCAGCCCCAGCCGCUCCGACGGCGACAGCGACAGCAGCGACGCUGAGUCCCUCGACAUGGCCCCCAGCGACACGGAACGGACUGAGGGCGCCGAGCGGAGGGAGCCCACCGCCGGGCUGGGCAAGUCCUGCGGCAGCACCGGCCUGCCCUCCCCGCCGCCCGCCGCCGCCAGCCCCGAGCCGCGGAGCGGUCUAUAGUCGGGGCGGCCCGGGACCUGGGCGCUAAUUUCUCUCCUUCCCCCGCCCCGGGAGCGCGGCAAGGCCGCCCAGCACCGGCCCCGACCCCGGCCCGCUCCUGCCUGUGGCCAGCGCCCGGCCCGGCCCGGGGCGAGGGGCCGAGGUCGCAGGAGGAGCGGGGAGCCCCAGCCCCGGGGCGGCAGAGCGUGAGGCGGCCGCCUUUCCCUCAGAGCUGCUCGCAGGAGACCGGGGGAUUUUCCUUUUUUUUUUUUUUUUUUUUUUUUUUUUUAAUUUUAAUUCUCCGUUACCCGCCCCUCGUUCUCUCCAAGGAAAAUCCAAGCGAGGGACUGAAAGAACGCUCUCUGAAAUCCCCACCUUUCCCCGCCCCACCUCCCAACCAAUUUACAAUGUGAAGUAUUUUGCCAACGUCCUCAUUGGUUGCAACUUGUUGCUUCGAAUAAUCCGGCCAAGAAAUACUGCACUGACAAAAUAUAUAAAUAUAUAUAUAUUAUAUAUAUAUAUAAAACUCCUGUAAAUAAAAUGUUUGCUAUG